UCUCACUUAUGGAGGCUCCUUCUACUUCUUGGCCUGUUUUAGUAUUGACAUGCCUAACUAUUAUUGUGAUCUUUGUCUCUAAAAUAGCCCCCUUCAAACGUCGCCUCCGACAAACAUCUCCUCCAGGUCCCAAACCUUGGCCUAUCAUUGGCAAUCUAAACCUUCUUGGGUCCCUCCCUCACCGAUCCCUUCACAAAUUGUCACAACAAUUCGGACCAAUCAUGCAGCUUAAGUUUGGGUCCUUUCCUGUGGUGGUUGCCUCGUCUCCCGAAAUGGCAAAGCAAUUCCUCAAGACACAUGAUCAAAUCUUUGCCUCUAGACCCCAACACGCUGCUGGGAGGUACACGAGUUUUAACUACGGCAAUCUCUUAUGGGCCCCUUACGGACCAUAUUUGCAGCGAGGUCGCAAAAUAUGUCUCUCUGAGCUACUUAGCUCAAAACGACUAGAGUCCUCUGAAUACAUUCGUUUUGAAGAAAGGCAUGACUUUGUUUCACGGCUAUUCGCAUUGUCUGGGAAACCAGUUAAGGUGAAUGACCACCUAUCACGCCUCAAUUUCAGUAUUAUGAGUAGAAUGAUAUUGGGUAAGAAGUAUUUUAGCGAAUCCCAGUUCAAAACUUCAAAGAUAACAUUCGAAGAAUUUGAAGAAAUGUUUAGCCAGUGGUUGUUGCUUAGUUCGGUAUUGAACAUUGGGGACUGGAUACCUUGGAUGAAGUUCCUAGACUUGCAGGGAUACGUGAAACGUAUGAAGGCUUUGGCGAAAAAGUUUGAUCGGUUCUAUGAUCUUGUUUUCGAUGAACACAUGGCCAGUAGAGAAGGAGUGAAACAAUUUGUGCCGAAGGACAUGGUGGAUGUUUUAUUGCAGCUAGUUGAUGAUCCUAGUGUGGAUGCUAAGCUCACCUAUGACCAAGUCAAGGGGCUCACUCAGGCUCUCCUAAUUGGAGGAACAGAUACAUCUAUGGUUACGAUGGAAUGGGCAAUGUCAGAACUCUUGAAGCAACCACACCUCAUCAUAAAGGCAAGAGAAGAGCUUGACAGGAUUGUUGGGAAAGACAGAUGGGUAGAAGAGAAAGACAUUGCACAACUUCCUUUCAUUGACGCAAUUAUGAAAGAAACAAUGAGGAAACACCCAGUGGCGGCAAUGCUUCCCGCACAUCUGGCUCUUGAAGAUUGUGACAUUGCUGGUUAUCAUAUUAGUAAAGGAACUAGAGUUGUCAUAAACACAUGGAGUAUUGGAAGAGACCCAUCAAUAUGGGAUGCACCUGAAGAGUUCCGCCCAGAAAGGUUCAUUGAAAAAGCCAUUGAUGUGAAGGGACAAGAUUUCACUCUAUUGCCAUUUGGAUCAGGGAGGAGGAUGUGUCCGGGAUACAGCCUUGGACUAAGGAUGACUAUGGCAACCUUGGCCAACAUGAUACAUGGAUUCGAGUGGAAAUUACCAGACAAUAUGAAACCAGAAGAUCUGGGCAUGGAGGAAUUUUAUGGUUUGGCAACAACUAGAAAGUUCCCUCUUGUUGUUGUCAUGGAACCCAGACUACCAUAUCAUCUUUAUUAACUUAUGGUCACUUGUUAGCUUGAAUUAUCCAUCUUAUAUCCUAGUAUUUUCGUAAUAAUUUCAAUAUUC